GCUAUGCAUCAAACUGUCUAUAUGCGCCCGCCAACUAACACCAAUCUAAUGGGUCCCACCGAAUGUUCCAGUGCCCUUAUGUCCAGCAUGCCAUUUAUGGACAAUGCUGGCGGCCUCACAACCAAUAUUACGGAUUAUGGCUGCUAUUCAACGACAGAUCAUUGGUCAUCGCCAUAUAUGAGCACUCUGAGUCCAAUGAAACAAAUUGAAGCCUGCAUUCAAACAGCCGGAAGAGAUCGCAGCAGUUAUAAGCCACUUGAAAGUGUUGAUUCGAAACUAUCGGAUAUUGACACAAAUAGUUCGUGCAGUGGAAAGGAUGAAUCUGUCAACAAUACAACAGCAACAAAUACACACUACAACAAUGACAACAAUAACAAUAGCAACACCAAUAAUAACAAUAGCAACAAAAAAUCAUCAUCAUCAGCUAAUAAAAAUAAAAAAGACGGAACAACAAAUGUCAACAACAACGGCAGUGGCAAAGAUGAAGAAAGUCUCCAUCCCUCUUUGGCCCAGGCUGUUGUGGUAUUGGAAACCAAAACUCUUUGGGAUAAAUUUCAUGAACAAGGCACCGAAAUGAUUGUCACGAAAUCGGGUCGACGUAUGUUUCCCACAUUUCAGGUGCGAAUUGGAGGGCUAGAUCCCCAGGCUACCUAUAUUAUGAUGAUGGAUUUUGUACCGGUCGAUGAUAAGCGAUAUCGUUAUGCAUUUCACAAUUCCAGUUGGGUUGUGGCAGGAAAAGCUGAUCCCAUUUCACCACCACGCAUACACGUACACCCCGAUUCACCGGCACCCGGUACUAAUUGGAUGAAACAGAUCAUUUCCUUUGAUAAAUUGAAAUUGACGAACAAUCAGUUGGAUGAAAAUGGACAUAUUAUUUUAAAUUCUAUGCAUCGUUAUCAGCCACGUUUUCAUAUCGUCUAUUUGCCACCGAAAAAUGCCUCAAUGGAUGAGAGUGAACAUUCAAGUCAUUAUAGGACCUUUAUAUUUCCGGAGACUUCGUUUACGGCGGUAACGGCCUAUCAAAAUCAACGUGUAACACAAUUAAAAAUUGUCAGCAAUCCAUUUGCUAAAGGUUUCAGAGAUGAUGGCACAAGUGAUGCACCACCAAACGGAGGAAGCAUGGCAAUGAAUCAAAUGAGCCAUGAAAGUCAUGCCAGAAUGAAACAGCAUCAGCAAGCCCAACAACAGCAAGCACAACAACAUCACCAACAGCAGCAGCAGCAGCAACAUCAUCAUCACCAUCAGCAACAAUCUCUCAAGGGUCAUUCAAAAGAAACAGCCGCCGCCAACAACAACUCCACAGCAGCAGAUUUAGAGAAUCACAAUCACAAUGCCAUGAUUACAUCGCCAGCAACCGCCAGUCAUCAUCUUCACUCCACCACCAUGAAUACCGCACCCUCUACCCCCUCCACAACUGGUACAUCGCCUGAUCUCAUUAACUAUCAAACAUUGGCCAGCCAGACGGCAAAUGGUCACAACGGCCUGCUCAAUACGAAUUGCAUUUCACCCAAAACCGAUCAUUCGCAUCACAGCAGCAGUGGCGGUUCUCCAUAUGGUCACAACGGCUCACAUAGUCAAAAUGUCGCCACGGCUGCAACUGCUGGACUUACGUCAUCUUUGGCGAAUUCUUCAGCCACCGCCGGUCUUAUGACCACCACUUCGCCUCAUCAUCAUCCCACCCAUACCCAUUUGAAUUUGAAUCUCAAUUCACAAGUUAUAUCCCAGACAUCACCGCAACAUCAUCAUCAGGCACAUCACCAUAUGGGCACGGCAAAUAUCUACUCCACCUUGAGUCAACCCUACGGCACGGAUAAUUCCAAUUAUGGUCCCAUCUAUCACAAUCCCCACUAUCAUGGUCAUAGUUAUGGUAAUCCCUAUGAGAAAAUCAAAGUAACUGGUCAUAUGCGUCAAGCCCACAGCCAUGGUGUACCGAAUAGCACAUCGCCAACGGGACUCACGGGUGCAAAUAACAUGUCACCCUCCGGUAACUCAUAUGGCAUGAGUAGCUAUCAAAGUUUUUAUAAUACGGCAGCACAUCAAAUGAUGAGGCCUGGUGGUUACAUUGAUUUGGUACCAAGAUAA